AGGGGUCAGGCCGCAGGGACUCGCUGCUGGAGGCCAGGCUCCCGUGGCUCUUUCUUGUUGCAUAUGUUACCUCCCCCUCUCCCCGUUGUACGGGGCCAGAGGCCUUCGGAGUCCGCUGCUUUGCUCGGCGGCUGCUGGAUCCAAGCUGUACUUGUAUAUUACUCUUCAAAAUAUUUAUUCUGCUGGUUCUGAAGAGGAUGUGUUCCAGGGAUAUACUUUGUUGUCAGAAAUUCCAUUACCAGAGUGAUUUCAUUUUAAAGGAGCUUCAUUCCCAAAGGAUUCAUUACCCAAGGUGAAAAUUAGAUUAUUUCAAAAGCUGGAACUGAAUGUAAUGUUAAAUAAUGGCAACAGGUGACUUAAAGAGAAGCUUACGGAACCUAGAACAAGUUCUUCGCUCACUAAAUUAUCCUCAAGAGGUGGAUUGUGUAGGUUUGAUAAAGGGAGAUACAGCAGCAUCUUUGCCCAUCAUCAGCUAUUCCCUGACUUCAUAUUCACCUUACGUAGCAGAACUUCUGGUGGAAUCCAAUAUAGAGCUCAUAGCAAAGAAUGAUUUGCGCUUUAUAGAUACUGUCUAUAAGCUUCUUCGUGAUCAAUUUAAUUAUAAACCAAUCUUGACAAAAAAGCAGUUUCUCCAAUGUGGAUUUGCAGAGUGGAAAAUCCAAAUUGUUUGUGAUAUUUUAAAUUGUGUGAUGAAAAAGCAUAAGGAGUUGAGUAGUCUUGAGAAGAUUCCAUCACAACAAAGAAAGAAAAUCAGUUCUGUUAAGUCAGAAGCUUCUUCAAGCAUUGAGAAGACAUCCAUAGAACCUGUUGGCAUUGACAUCACUGGCAGGUUUAUGACUUCAGGAAAGAAGAAAGCUGUAGUGAUCCGUCACCUGUAUAAUGAAGAUGGUGCUAACAUUCCUGAAGAUACGUUAAGUACAGUAACAGAUGUUAAUGAAGCAUUUGAUGCGUGUGACUUAAAGGAUACUGAAAUAAAGAUUCAUGAAGAAAAGGUCCCUGAAAUCAAGUCUGAGCAACAAGAUGUAAAAGUUAAUCCUGAGAUUACCACACUACAGACUAUGCUUGCCGAAUGCCAAGAAAAGCUUAAGAAACUGACUCAGAUAGAGAGUAGAUUAGACUCUUUGGAAGAAAAAAUGAAAGGAAAAGUGAUGGUAAAUGAAAAAUCCUGGACUAAUCUUCUAAGUCGUGUCACUCUUCUUGAAACAGAAUUACUUUUGUCCAAAAAGAAUGAUGAGUAUAUAGAGUUGAAUGAAAUGAAUGAAGACUAUGCUUCUAGUAGUGACAUCGAUAUUCUAAAACCUGACAGAAAAAGCAAAGAGAAAGAAGCAAGUAUUCCUCUGUCCCCUGGUUAUAGUACAUUGUUAGCGGAUUCAACCCCCAGAACCUCAACUAUUCAUUACUGUGGUUUGAAAGAUAUUUCAGAGGAAACAACAAUCCAGAAAAUGGAAAGGAUGAAAAAAAUGUUUGAAGAAACUGCAGAGUUACUGAAAGGUCCAAAUCACUAAUUACAGAAUUUUCUACAUGAACUUCUCUAGGACUUUGGCUACUGUACAUGUUGUAUAUUUUAGGAAUCCUCUAUAAAUUUUAAUAUACUGCAAUCUUUUAUUAAAAAUUUUAGUUCCAUUUGGUAUCUGAGCUCUUUCAUUCAAUAUUGAAUAAAUACUUAAAUAUUUUUACACUACAA